GGGGUGGAUGAGAGAGUGGAGGGCUGUUAAACAGUUUCUUACCGUAAGAGGGAGUUCAGACCUAGAUCUUUCCAGUUAAUCACACAACAAACUUAGCUCAUCGCAAUAAAAAGCAGCUCAGAGACGGCUGGCUCUUUAGGCUCUGAGUAGAAACAGGAUUCUUUCACCCAGGCAUCUGCAGUGGGAUCCGCCAGCACAUCCAGCAGCACCAUGUGGGUGACCAAACUUCUGCCAGUCCUGCUGCUGCAGCAUGUCCUCCUACAUCUCCUCCUGCUCCCCAUCGCCAUUCCCUAUGCAGAAGGACAAAAGAAAAGAAGAAACACACUUCAUGAAUUCAAAAAGUCAGCAAAGACUACUCUAAUUAAAGAAGAUCCAUCACUGAAGAUAAAAACAAAAAAAAUGAAUACUGCAGACCUGUGUGCCAAUAGAUGUAUUAGGAAUAAAGGACUUCCAUUUACUUGCAAGGCCUUUGUUUUUGAUAAAACAAGAAAACGAUGCCUCUGGUUCCCUUUCAAUAGCAUGUCAAGUGGAGUAAAAAAAGAGUUUGGCCAUGAAUUUGACCUAUAUGAAAAUAAAGACUACAUUAGAAACUGCAUCAUUGGUAAAGGAGGCAGCUACAAGGGAACAGUAUCUAUCACUAAGAGUGGCAUCAAAUGCCAACCUUGGAGUUCCAUGAUACCACAUGAACACAGCUAUCGGGGUAAAGACCUACAGGAAAACUACUGUCGCAAUCCUCGAGGGGAAGAAGGGGGACCCUGGUGUUUCACAAGCAAUCCAGAGGUACGCUACGAAGUCUGUGACAUUCCUCAGUGUUCAGAAGUUGAAUGCAUGACCUGCAAUGGAGAAAGUUAUCGAGGUCCUAUGGAUCAUACAGAAUCGGGCAAGAUUUGUCAGCGCUGGGAUCAUCAGACACCACACCGACACAAAUUCUUGCCAGAAAGAUAUCCCGACAAAGGCUUUGAUGAUAAUUAUUGCCGCAAUCCUGAUGGCAAGCCGAGGCCAUGGUGCUAUACUCUUGACCCUGACACCCCCUGGGAGUACUGUGCAAUUAAAAUGUGUGCUCACAGUAAUAUGAAUGACACUGAUGUCCCUAUGGAAACAACCGAAUGCAUUCAAGGUCAAGGAGAAGGUUACAGGGGCACUAUUAAUACCAUUUGGAAUGGAAUUCCAUGUCAGCGUUGGGAUUCACAAUAUCCUCACCAACAUGACAUAACUCCUGAAAAUUUCAAGUGCAAGGACCUACGAGAAAACUAUUGCCGAAAUCCAGAUGGGGCUGAGUCACCCUGGUGUUUUACCACUGAUCCAAACAUUCGAGUUGGCUACUGUUCCCAAAUUCCAAAAUGUGACGUGUCAAGUGGACAAGAUUGUUAUCUUGGAAAUGGCAAAAAUUAUAUGGGCAAUUUAUCCAAAACACGAUCUGGCCUAACGUGCUCAAUGUGGGACAAGAACAUGGAAGAUUUGCACAGGCAUAUCUUCUGGGAACCAGAUGCUAGUAAGCUGAAUAAGAAUUACUGCCGAAAUCCUGAUGAUGAUGCCCAUGGUCCCUGGUGUUACACAGGGAAUCCACUCAUUCCUUGGGAUUAUUGCCCUAUUUCUCGUUGUGAAGGUGAUACCACACCUACAAUAGUCAAUCUAGACCAUCCUGUAAUAUCGUGUGCCAAAACAAAACAAUUGCGAGUUGUAAAUGGGAUUCCAACACGAACUAAUGUAGGAUGGAUGGUUAGUUUGAAAUACAGAAAUAAACAUAUCUGUGGAGGAUCGUUGAUAAAAGAAAGUUGGAUUCUUACUGCAAGACAAUGUUUCCCUUCUCGAAACAAAGAUUUAAAAGAUUAUGAAGCUUGGCUUGGAAUUCAUGAUGUCCAUGGAAGAGGAGAUGAGAAACGCAAACAAGUUCUAAAUAUUUCCCAGCUGGUAUAUGGACCGGAAGGAUCAGAUCUGGUUUUACUGAAGCUUGCUAAGCCUGCUGUCCUUGAUGAUUUUGUUAAUACAAUUGAUUUACCAAAUUAUGGAUGCACAAUUCCUGAAAAAACCACUUGCAGUGUAUAUGGCUGGGGCUACACUGGAUUGAUCAACUUUGAUGGUCUAUUACGAGUAGCACAUCUCUAUAUAAUGGGGAAUGAAAAAUGCAGCCAGUAUCAUCAAGGGAAAGUGACUCUGACUGAAUCUGAAAUAUGUGCUGGGGCUGAAAAUAUUGUAUCAGGACCAUGUGAGGGGGAUUAUGGUGGCCCACUUAUUUGUGAACAACAUAAAAUGAGAAUGGUUCUUGGUGUCAUUGUUCCUGGUCGUGGAUGUGCCAUUCCAAAUCGUCCUGGUAUUUUUGUCCGAGUAGCUUAUUAUGCAAAAUGGAUACACAAAAUUAUAUUAACAUAUAAGGUACAACAGUCAUAACUGAUGAUAUGUGCCUGAAGCUUUCAUCAGUACAACUCUCUUUUACAAGAAGAUUUCAGAGAACAUGGAAUUAAAAUGUCACUUAAAACCAUCCUAAGACAACUACUUCAGUGUCAUGUUUGUUAAAGAUGCUCAUUAAUAUUUAUGAGUGUUUUCUGUUGUUUUGUUUGUCAGUGUUAUUUUAUAAAUGUUGAAGUGAAUUAAGGUACAUGCAAGUGUAGUAACAUAUCUCCUGAAGAUACUUGAAUGGAUUAAAAGAAUGCAAAGGUAUAAUUGCUGGAUGAUAAAAGAAUUAAUGGAACACAUCAAUUAAUCUCUCUAUGCUGCUUUCCAAGGUUAAUUUCUUAAUAAUGAAUAAAUCAUAAGUUAAACAUUAUUUUAACCUCACAAAACAAUUUAUACCUUUGUUCUUAAAUUGUUACUCUAUAUUAAAUUAUAUUAACUUUCAUGCAUCAUGUUAUAUUUAAUUCAUUUCUCCUAACCAUGUAUCUUAUAAUAAUGGUACACAUACUUUUUACAAAAGCAUGUACCCAUAUAUUCAUGCCUGGGUACACAUGUCCAUGCACUAGUAUUCAAAUUGUGUAGUAUCUAAUGUAACCCCUAAUAUUUUGAAUGUUGUGUACCUAUAGCUUUUCCUAAAGAAAAGAUAUAAAUUUCUGAAAACCAGGAGUAAUAUUAAGGAAAGGUGCAAGAUACAAGUGACUGGCUUAUUUUUGUACAUAAUCUGCAGAUAACCUACACUGAUUGGCAUUUAAGGCAUGUAUGGACAUAACCCACAAGUUAAAUAACCCCUGGUCUAGGUGUGUACAUAGACUUAUCAUCCUAAUUUUUUGUGCAGAAUCUAAUUCUUAAAGUGAAAAGGGUAAUGUAUGUGUUAGUAUUAUUCCUUUUCUACAAAUUUAGGGCCACUUAUUUAUGCAAGAUUCUUUAUAUAUAUUUUUAAAAAUACUGUUUAAACUCUUAGUUCACUGUUUAACUGAAGGAGUUAAAUGUAUCUUUUCUUGAAAAUGUAUUUUAGUAGGUUAUUUCUAAGACUUGCUGCUGUGAUUGGCUUCUAGCUCAUCCUCUUCAAAUUUAAAAAUUUGUUGAAUAGGAACAUUUCCAUGUCUCCAAAGAUUUGUAAAUAGCCCUUCACCAAAUUAUGCAUUAAAGUAUAUAGUGAAGAAAAAAAAUCAAAAUACUUUUCUCAAUUCUGAAGUCUUUUAACAUAAUAAAACUACUAAAGUAGAGGGAAAAAGUUAAAGGAAAGGAACUAGCUUGUCUGAACUGUUUCCAGUUUUUCUUUAAAAGGAAAUUAAAUCUGGUGAAUAAGAUCUCAAGAUGUCUUCAUUUCAUUUACUUCAUUUUACAUGCAUCUUCCCUAAUGUCAUGGUAUAUAUUAAUUCAAAUUUUGUAUUCUGUGUAAUAGCCAAAUCACCAUAUUUAUUAUUGUAUUUGUUGUUACUGAGUAUCAUGUGUUUGUCAAGAAGUGGAAUAACAGAGUAAAAAGUUAGCAUCUGAAUUUUCAUAGAAAUUUCCCAUACAAAUGAUUUUUAAAAUUAAUUAUUUGAAGACUUGAAUCUAGUAUCCACUUCAUUAAAUGACUCUCUCAAAUGAUUUCUCUUAAGGCUAAAGAUCCAAACAAUGCUCUAAAAACCCAACAGGACAUUGCACAUGUUGAGUAAAAUGGUUUUAAAAUUUACUUGAGAAUUUAGUCCAAAGAGUAUAGGGAAGCAAAUCCAAAAAUGCUGGUAUCAAGAAAGAGUGAGAAAAAGAUUCAACAAUUGGCCAGUCUACAUCAUCUUAUCAGAUUGCAUUUCCCUUUUCUUUGUACAAUAUAGCACUUAAAUAAAAACAGAAAUUUCAAAGACAUAUUGCUCAAAAAUUAUAAAGUAAUUUUCAGUUUCUUCUUGCCAAGCUGGCAAACUUUUAAAAAGUUACCUAUUAAUGAUAUUUGUAAAACAGUUAUAAAAUUGUUAUAGUUUUAAGUAGUUUACAUUUUAAAAUAUUUCAUUCAUGUCUUUUCCUCUAAGUGUUCAUGGAAUGAGAGAGAGAGAUUACCAAGAUACUACUGCAGCUAACUUUUUAGACACUUUGAACUCAGUGUUUUCCAGUUUAUUAAAGGGUAAAAACAAGACUACCAGUAGGUCAUCAAGCAUGGUGAACAAAGCAUCUCUCUCUUUGGGAGGUUUCUUUUGUGCUAGAAGAUCAGUAAAAUAAACAACAAAAGCAAAAUGAACAAGAUUCAUGUUAUAUUAGGGCAGGGUAUAAUCAUGUCAGCCAUUUUUCUCUGUUGCAAGACACUAUUUUUCUGGGCAUUCUUUUCUUAAUAAACUACAAAAUCUCACAAAUCCAAUGUAUCCAAAAAUCCAUUUUAUUUUGAGUUCUGGGUAAAAGGAUCUUUUAAAUUAGAAGUUUCAGUACUAUUUUUUGUUUUGGCUGUUCUAACAAUGGUUGUAUGUUGCUAUAAUUAUGGACAUUUCUUAUGUCUACAAUGAAUAGAAAUGUAAAAUUAAAAUAUUUGUCUUAAUGCCUCUGCUGUGCAGAAGGGAUGAUAACUCUUUUGUAUACUUCUUUAAUUUUAUUGUAAAAUAUGUAAUAACUUUUACCAACUUGCUGUGGGCAGGUCCUCAGUAAAAUGGAUUAUAUUGAGUCAAUUUCUAGUAUUAACAGGCUCCUGCUUGCUAACUAAGUGUUUCAAACUAUGGGAAGUGUGAGACACUGGAAGGCAAGAAAAAUAACAAUAAUGGCAUGUGAUAGCAAAAUUGUAUUUCACUUAUUCCUGUGAAUAUUUCUUGUUGGUACCAAUGGUACUGUACAAAGUGAAUGUUAUAGCCACAACAUUCUUUUGAAAAGAACACUGUCAAGAAGUGAGAAACUGCUGUAAGGCAUUUUCUAGUUGUUUCUAAACAUUUUUUUAUAAAAUAAUAUUUUUGCAAUACAGAGAUCAUGUGAAUAAUUUUAAUAAAUUCAGAUACUAAAAUUUUUAAAUUGAUUUAUUUAAUUCAAGAAAUAAUGAUUCCAACCAAUCAUAUCUCAUACUUAUAAAGUCAUUUGAAAAUGAAAUUAAUUUGAAUAAAGGGACAAAGGGUCUGUGUGAAUAAAUUACUUUUCACAAUAAUGUCCCAAAAAAGGUUUAUCUUUCAAUAGUCAAUGGAAUUUUGAUCUUACAAUUUAUCAAAACAAAGUUAAAAUUCCCUGGACUGUAUAAAUCUUGACAGUGUAAUUUUAAGUAGGUUCAUUUCCAUUUGCACAGAAAGUUUCUGUCUUUAGGAAACUGAAAAUGGAAUACUGUGGAUAUUAUGACUAUUUGUCUUGUGUGUAAAUAGGAAAUUAAAAAGCUGCCUAUUGAGUGUUGUAGCUGGAUGCUUACCCAAAGAGGGAACACUGUGGUUAUGACUUGUAUAUAAAGUUUCUGUAGUUAAUAAAAUUGCUAUUUUUA